AUGAAUCAAAGCUGGUUUCCAAAAGAUCUACAUGAAUUUCUACAAUCUUAUAAUAUAAAUAAUUUUCCAGUUUUAAAUUUAAAUAGUGAAAUUCCCGCUGAAAAUGUUGGUUCAAUUACUCUCAAUGAUUUACAUGAUCUUUUUCAAUUUGAAAUUGAUUCAAAAAAUGUCAAUGAUCUAAUUCAAAAUAUGGAGAAACAAUUCAAUAAUGAUUUUAAACAAAUGAUAGAUGGUAUCAAUAGUUUGAAUAUAGUUACUAUAUGA